GGGUGGGGCGAGUGCUCUGAGCUCAGCCUAGCGAGGCUGACGUGCCCGCUCGAGCGCGCGGCCGGGUGUGUGCGCGCCCGUGUGUGUGUGUAUAUGUGUGUAUGUGCACGAGAAAGGGGGUACGAACACGCCUUUGGGGACCCGAGGGACGCUGUGGUGGGCUUCUCUCCGGCUUCAGCCGCUCAUCUGCUCAUCUUCGCAUCUGCCUACUAAGCCAGGCUCUUUGAUCCUCUCGGAACCACCCUCAGCAUCCUCAGCAUCCGAUCUUACUUUUUCUUUCACCCACAAGGGCAGCAGCUGGCCACCCUCUUAACCGGUGCAAACACUCAAGCCAGCGCUCAGUGCUUUCCGCAGCUAGUAUUUUCCCGCUUGUCUUUCUCUGUGGCUCCCCACGAGCCACUCCAAUGCUCCUCCAUCCUUACAAAUUGUUCUGUUGGUCUGUUUAACCGACGAGUUGUAAAUCUUGAAGACUUUAUUACUAUUAUUUUGAUUCUUUUCAUUUCAUCCCCCUGUGGGCAACGGAGCAAUGAAAUUUCCAAUCGAGACGCCAAGAAAGCAGGUGAACUGGGAUCCUAAAGUGGCCGUGCCUGCAGCAGCUCCACCAGUGUGCCAGCCCAAGAGUGCCACUAACGGGCACCAUCCUGUGCCCCGCCUCUCCAUUUCCUCCCGAGCCACGGUGGUAGCCAGGAUGGAAGGAGCCUCCCAGGGAGGCCUGCAAACAGUUAUGAAGUGGAAAACAGUGGUUGCCAUCUUUGUGGUUGUGGUGGUCUACCUCGUCACAGGUGGCCUUGUCUUCCGGGCAUUGGAACAGCCCUUUGAGAGCAGUCAGAAGAACACCAUCGCUUUGGAGAAGGCAGAGUUCUUGAGAGAUCAUAUCUGUGUGAGCCCUCAGGAGCUGGAGACUCUGAUCCAGCAUGCUCUUGAUGCUGAUAAUGCAGGAGUCAGCCCAGUAGGAAACUCUUCCAACAGCAGCAGUCACUGGGACCUUGGAAGUGCCUUCUUCUUUGCUGGAACUGUCAUCACGACCAUAGGGUAUGGGAAUAUUGCUCCAAGCACCGAAGGAGGCAAAAUCUUUUGUAUUUUAUAUGCCAUCUUUGGGAUCCCGCUUUUUGGUUUCUUAUUGGCUGGAAUUGGAGACCAACUUGGAACCAUCUUUGGCAAAAGCAUCGCAAGAGUGGAAAAGGUUUUUCGAAAAAAGCAAGUGAGUCAGACCAAGAUUCGGGUCAUCUCAACUAUUCUGUUCAUCUUGGCUGGCUGCAUCGUGUUUGUGACAAUCCCUGCCGUCAUUUUUAAAUACAUCGAGGGGUGGACAGCCUUGGAGUCCAUUUACUUUGUGGUCGUCACUCUGACCACAGUAGGCUUUGGUGACUUUGUGGCAGGGGGAAAUGCUGGCAUCAAUUAUCGCGAGUGGUAUAAGCCGCUGGUGUGGUUUUGGAUCCUUGUUGGCCUUGCUUACUUCGCAGCUGUCCUCAGUAUGAUCGGAGACUGGCUGCGGGUUUUAUCGAAAAAGACAAAAGAAGAGGUGGGUGAGAUCAAAGCCCACGCAGCUGAGUGGAAGGCUAACGUCACUGCCGAAUUCCGGGAGACGAGAAGGCGGCUCAGCGUUGAGAUUCAUGACAAGCUGCAGCGCGCAGCCACCAUCCGAAGCAUGGAACGCCGGAGGCUGGGCUUGGACCAGAGGGCCCACUCGCUGGACAUGCUAUCCCCUGAGAAGCGCUCUGUCUUUGCAGCCCUGGACACAGGCCGUUUCAAGGCCUCAUCCCAGGAGAGCAUCAAUAACAGACCCAACAACCUGCGCCUUAAGGGGUCAGAACAGCUCAACAAACACGGGCAAGGCGCUUCUGAAGACAACAUCAUCAACAAAUUUGGGUCGGCCUCCAAACUCACCAAGAGGAAAAACAAAGAUCUCAAAAAGACCUUACCAGAGGAUGUUCAGAAAAUCUACAAAACCUUCCGGAAUUACUCUCUGGAUGAAGAGAAGAAAGAGGAGGAGACGGAAAAGAUGUGUAACUCAGACAACUCCAGCACAGCCAUGCUGAUGGAGUGUAUACAGCAGCAAGCUGAGAUAGAGAAUGGAGUGGUACCCACAGACACCAAAGACCAGGGGCUGGAGAACAAUUCAUUACUUGAAGACAGAAACUAAAUGUUAAAGACACUGAAGCUGGACUAAGUGUUGUCUUGUUUUUUGUUUUUUGUUGUUGUUGUUGUUUU